AUGAUGGACUCGAGCCAGGUGGAGCUCCCAACGCUUGGAGACUUGGAGCUUCCGGAGGACACUCAGCUGCCCACAGAAGCACCGGAGGUACCAGAAGAGCUUGCAGAAGUAGAAGCUCCGAUAGAGGUUGCUCCGGCGUCUGGAGAGGUCCAUGCGGAUGUCGCGGAAGUCUCGGGAAGUGCAACACAGGUUCGAAGGAGGCUGGCUGUACAGUCGCCUGGCUUCGGCGUCUUUGCUCGGGCUGCGGCUGAAGCAGCUGCGGCCGCGCCGGUGCUUAAUGAUCCAUACCAGUACUGGGUCUUCCUGACAUUUUUAGAGAGCAAGAUUGAAAUGAACACUGGUUGA